GUGGCAACCACUGCGACGUCUCAGCUAUAUAAAGCCAGCAGCCACAUCCCCAUUUCCAUCCCAACAAACAAUCAAAAUGUCACCUCCAGAAAACGACUCAAAGAGCGUUGCCUCGUCCGACCUGUCGGCUCACGAAGAUCUCCCCGACGGCCGAAUCUUCCAUGUCUACCACACCCCAUCACACUUUAACCUCACCGUCCACGACGCCGACAAAAAACAACUCUUCUACGUGAAGAACUCGUCGUUCCGAAUCGGCAAGCCAGACGUGACGUUCCAUGCAGGAGAAGAUCAAAAUGCUCCUGUCGCCGCCGUAUGCAAGUUCAUCAACUUUGCGCGCCAUUCCCGCGUUGGCCUCGGUGACCCCAAAGACCCCAACAACAUCGUCUGGGAGGACAUGUACCGGAAUACCCUGAAGAAGAUCAGCUACACAUACGAGACGUUGCUCCCCGGAGUAGACGGGCAUCACGAGCGGCGAACGUUGAACUGGAAACGGACAUGUUCGUACGGUAUCGGCGAGGACAUGCCAUCCAAGGCGAGCGCGAGAAACUUCAAGCUGAUCGACGAGGACGGGCGGCUGAUCGCAGUGUUCUUGAAUAAUGGGCAUAAAAGCUAUCACAAGUGUGGCAAGCUUCAGAUCAACGUGGAUUAUGGGAGUCAGUUUGAUUUGAUGGUGAUGAUUACGGGGUUGUCGGUGUUGGAGAAGGAGAGGCGGAGGAGUCGGAAUAACAAGUAACUUGGCAUCACUAUGGAGUUUUAUCUUCAUGUACAUAUUGUUUAUAUUAAUUGCUUUACUAUACCAGAGUAAGUGUUCUCUUUUCCGAUUCAAAAAAGCUGGCAAAGCUAUGCUCUUCGUCGGGCUGGAAUGUAAAAUGGCCUAUUCGUGUGUACUGCUUAUGGCCAUUCCUUUCCCUUUCUCGCAGUAUAAUCCCAUCCCAAUAUUCCUCUUUUGUCGGAAAGUGAAUUAAUGCAGCCAGCAGCAC